AUGAAAGCUAUUCUAAAUGAGUGCUUAAAACUAGCUGCUCGAAAUUACGGCACACGAGUCUCCCCUCUUGAAGCAGGUAAAUUAGUCUUGCAAGCUCGAAAGCAAGAUGCAGACAGUAUUUCAUCCUUAGAGAAAAAGAGUAUCAUACUUGAUGGAAAGAAAUCGGAAAGCCGAUCGUCUAGGCAAAGAAUAGCCAAUCUGGCUGAAGAGCUGUACGAUAACUACAAUCCAGGCUAUUCAAGGACAGGAAAGUCGCAUUUAGGAACUGCAAAUUAUUUCUUCAAUGCUGCUGAAGUUACCUACGAGUGGAGCGCAUCUUCAUUCUGGGAAAUACCGGGUGAAAAGCUGAAAGCGCGCGCUGAACAGCAAACACUCGAUCAAAAGCACACUUUUCAGAUCAGUGGCGAUCUUGCACAUACGAAUGGCAGCGUUAAAAAAUAUCUUGGCAAAACCGAUGGGAUUCCAUUUGAGUUACUGAACGGACUUCCUGAAGUGGCUUUCUUGGGCCGCUGUAACGCUGGUAAGUCCACUCUUUUGAACAACUUAACGACGGAGUUUUCGAAACUGAAGCUGGACGAAUAUGCCAAAACGUCAAAAAAGGCAGGCUACACCAAGACCAUCAAUUCCUUCAAUGUAGGUAGACGGUUCCGUUUAAUUGAUACUCCAGGCUACGGCGUAAGGGGCACACACGAGCAGGGGGAACUGAUCAUGCGGUAUUUGAGGGAAAGGCGAGAACUAAAAAGAGCCUUUUUACUAAUAUCAGCAGAACAAGGUUUUACAGAGACAGAUUCUCAAGUGAUCGAGUUUUUGACUAAAUUCGGUAUUCCGUUCGAGUUAGUGUUCACGAAACUGGACAAAGUGAAGAAUGUCGGCAAACUUCACCAAAUCAUUCAAGAGAGUGGGGUUUUGGAAUUACCCACUAUGCCUCGAAUGCUUUUUCUAAAUUCAGUUACGAACUCCAGUUUCCCCAAAAGACUUGGAAUAAGCAGUCUGCGAAAUGCUAUACUCGAAAGCUGUGGGCUUGAGGAAGGAGUCAGGCCAUUGAAGAUAAAAUCCAAGUGA